UAAAAGGGACCGAUGAGCCAAGCCAUUUUCUCACAAGCAGACCCCAAAGCCAGAGCUAAAAAGCACGCGAGCUCACACACACAAACUAUUAUCUCGAGGCUCCGGAUACUUCGUCGUUCGUCAGGCAGCAUGGACACGACGCUGGCAGGGCUCGUGCAGGACAAGCCAAUAGUGAUAUUCAGCAGGAGCACGUGCUGCAUGAGCCACACUGUGAAGUCGCUCAUACUGAGCUAUGGCGCGAACCCAACCGUGUACGAGCUCGACCAGAUGCCUAACAGAAACCAGAUCGAGCGUGCGCUGGUCCAGCUCGGCCGGCGCGAGGUCGUCCCCACAGUGUUCAUCGGCCAGAAGUACAUCGGCGGCACGAACGAGCUCAUGAGCCACCAGGUGCGGGGGACUCUGGUCCCUCUUCUCCGAGAGGCCAGAGCUAUUUGGGUAUAGAGACUUAAGUUCUUGCAUCUUUCUCCAGAUUUGCCCUUACAAUAACGAUAACACGUCUAACAUACACGAGUCAGAUCGUGUUACGAAUACGAAAAGGCGGACUUUUUGGUGCCCUUGUGCUCUAACCCUAAUGGCUGCACGCUAUGGAAGACGACAGCCUUCUUCUCUGGUCAUUUUUCCCCUUGCUUUUUGAGGUCUUUUUAUGUAUGGGAAGUCCCCGUGUUGUUCUGAGUUAGGUUUCGGGGCGAUGAGAAAGAACAGCAGUGGCAAACUUCCAAUGUGUAAGCGCCCUAUUUUCAUGUCAAUGAAGUAAAACUUCUAAGUGUUAAAUUGCAUUCUAUCGC